UACCCUCUCUCCCUCUCUUUCUCUCUCUACCCCUUCUUUCUCUCUCUACCUUCCCAAGCACACUCAGACACCAGAAGUAGGUGAAAAGCAAGGAACCCUUCUCUUAAGAAUUUUCACAUUACCGCACAACCACUGUUGCUUCCUCUUCCCACCUAAUCUCCCCAGAAAGUGCGAGAAAAUCGCCGAAAAAGUGACGGAAAAUUGAGCCCCGGAAGGGGAGAGUUCUUGCCCCUUUUGUGGUUCAUGUGGAGAUAGAAUCAAGUUGGAAUUUUUUAACCCUAGGCGCUGAAAGGUUGGGACUUUUCGGUCAGAUCUCAGAGAUUUUGGUGGGUUUGCUGUUGGGUUGGAACUCACUGGGGGAUCUCUCUGAUGGGUUGACUCAACAGGGAACUGUGAUUGGUUUUGUGGGGGUUUUCAAAUGUUGAGAGAUUGACAACGUAGUUUGAUUUUCUUUUUGGGGUUGAUGGGGUGUUUGGGGUUUUGAAGUUAGUGGCAAUGCUGCUUGUUCGGUGAUACUGCGUUUGUGUGGAAAUGUCUGCUUCUUUAGCGGCUUUUGAGCGUCCGAGACCUGGUGCUUCUAAUACGGUUUUUAAGAGUGGGCCGCUUUUCAUAUCUUCAAAAGGAAUAGGUUGGAAGUCUUGGAAGAAGCGAUGGUUUAUACUCACACGCACGUCAUUGGUUUUCUUCAAAAAUGAUCCUACUGCCCUUCCACAGAGAGGGGGUGAAGUAAACCUGACAUUGGGGGGUAUAGACUUAAACAAUUCAGGGAGUGUUGUUGUUAGAGAAGACAAAAAGCUUCUUACAGUAUUAUUUCCAGAUGGAAGGGAUGGGCGAGCAUUCACCCUUAAGGCUGAGACAUCAGAAGACCUGUUUGAAUGGAAGACAGCUCUUGAACAAGCCCUUGCACAGGCACCAAAUGCUGCCCUUGUUAUGGGACACAAUGGGAUUUUUCGAAGUGAUGCUAGUGAUUCUAUUGAAGGAUCUUUCCAUCAAUGGAGGGACAAGCGCCCAAUUAAGUCUCUGGUUGUUGGAAGACCAAUUCUGCUAGCUCUAGAAGAUAUUGAUGGAGGUCCAUCUUUUCUUGAGAAAGCUCUUCGGUUUCUAGAGAAGUAUGGAGUUAAAGUUGAAGGAAUACUGCGGCAGUCUGCAGAUGUUGAGGAAGUAGAUAGGAGAGUUCAAGAAUACGAACAAGGCAAGACUGAAUUUGGUGCUGAGGAGGAUGCUCAUGUUGUUGGUGACUGUGUUAAGCAUGUUCUGAGGGAGCUUCCCUCCUCUCCAGUUCCUGCCUCUUGCUGCACUGCUUUGUUGGAGGCUUAUAAAAUUGAUCGUAAGGAAGCUAGGAUUAAUGCAAUGCGAUGUGCUAUAUUGGAGACUUUUCCUGAGCCAAAUCGCCGAUUGUUACAAAGAAUUCUGAAGAUGAUGCACACAAUUGGUUCUCAUUCUCAAGAGAAUAGGAUGACUCAAUCUGCUGUUGCUGCUUGCAUGGCACCCUUGCUUUUACGACCUCUGCUAGCCGGAGAGUGUGAGCUGGAGGAUGAAUUUGAUGUCAGUGGUGAUAGUUCAGCUCAGCUUCUUGCUGCCGCCAAUGCUGCUAAUAAUGCUCAAGCCAUUAUUACCACUUUGUUGGAGGAGUAUGAGAAUAUAUUUGAUGAAGAAAAUAUACAGAGAUGUUCCAUGUCAGCAGAUUCUCGGGUUGAAAAUAGUGGCAGUGAAGAUUCAACCGAUGAUGAUAAUGUAGAUGUGAAAGAAAAUGGUUACCAUGAUGCAGAGAAUGAAGUUGAUCAGGAGACAGAUGAAGAUGCUGAUCGUGUUCAGAGUGGAAAAUUGAGUGAAAGUAGUGGUUAUGCUGGCAGUGAUCUUUAUGAUUACAAGGCAUUUGGAGGUGAUGACUCUGAUGUUGGAUCAUCCAGUAGUAACCAUGCUAAGACAGAAAAUGCUAAUCUAAAUGCUGUUCCUGAUACCCCACUGACUGAGGAUCAGAACAAGCAAAGAAAGGGCAGUGAAAACCCAGUUGAUGAAAAUGAUCCUUCAAAUUUGUUGCCUUCCACUGAAUCUUAUCGAUCUAUGGGUGAGAUUUUAUCUUCUAUGGACCCUGGCAACCAUUUACCCAUUCCUGUGGUUGAAUCAGGAUCUGUGAAGCAAACUGGUAAAGCAAGUAGCGCUAGUUUCAGUUCUAAGCGGUCAGCAUUCUGGGGAAGGAGCAAUCAGCCAAGGAAGACACCAUCAGUGGAGUCAGUUGAUUCUUCCGGAGAAGAGGAGCUUGCUAUUCAGAGGCUAGAGAUUGCAAAAAGUGAUUUGCAACACAGAAUUGCAAAGGAGGCUAGGGGCAAUGCAAUUUUACAAGCAAGCUUAGAGAGAAGGAAGCAGGCUUUGCAUGAGCGGCGAUUGGCACUUGAGCAAGAUGUUUCAAGAUUGCAAGAACAGUUGCAAGCUGAGAGGGAUCUUAGAGCUGCAUUGGAAGUAGGUUUGAGUAUGUCUUCAGGACAGCUUUCCAAUUCACGUGGCAUGGAUUCCAAGACAAAGGCUGAACUGGAAGAGAUAGCACUUGCCGAAGCCGACGUGGCCAGAUUGAAGCAGAAGGUUGCAGAACUCCAUCAUCAACUUAAUCAGCAACGACAGCAUCACUAUGGAUCACUUACUGAUGUGGGUGAUCGAUACCAACAUGCCCAGAAUCAUCCUCAACAGAGAUUUCUUCAGCAAGAUUUUGAUUCAACCCUGGCCUUCUGUAAUCAUGAAAGGAAACAAAGAACUGAGGAGAAUUUGAUGGGCACUGAUUGGAGAAAUAUCAAAGGACAAGUAUUGGCAUCUGGUAAUGGUAGUAGGCAGCCUUCUCGAAAGCAAUUUGUAGAGUCAAGCCCUAGUGAUUCAAAAAGCACUGAGGCAUCAACAAGCAUGUCCGUAGACGAUCUCGGUGCUGUCGACUCUGCCUCCGUGCCCUCCACCUCAAGGGCAGCAGAGGUGGGUGAAUAUGCAAGACAUCCAUCUGUAGCAUCUUCAACGUUAGUAGAGUUAACCACUCGUCUCGAUUUUUUCAAGGAACGGCGGUCCCAGCUGAUGGAACAACUCCAUAACCUUGAUUUGAAUUAUGGUUCUACAACUUCCCAAGACUUUGUCUAUAAACCGUCAUCACCAUCAUGGAGUUGACUGGCCAAAUAGGUGUGCUUCAUAAAAUCUGUGGAAGAAUUUUGGCUGACAUGUUGUAUAUCCUUUCAGUCUUUGACUUACUGCAUAUAUUUGUAUCCCUUAUGGUCUGUGGACUUCUUCUGCUUCAUUCUCUUGGCUCCUACUUAAUUUUUUCUUCUUCUUUUGGUAGUGAAGUUCAUUGGAGUUGAAAUGAAAGGCUUUCUUUCCUUUUUAAUAACAUUUGAGUUCUUUUGUUUCUUUAGGGUGGGGAUGGAAUUUCGUGUAAUUAUAUUAUAUGUCAAUAGAUGGGGAAUUUUGUUGUUGAACAGACAACCCAAGUGAGGAAAUUUUAAUUACUGUUUUGGCAAAUUCUUUGUACAUAGGAACAUACAAUUGCCAGUUUGUUACCUCUGUGGAAUGAUUGAUGUGUAUCUACAAAGUUGUUUGUGGUCAA